CAGACUAGAGCUCAGGUCGUGACGUAGGACUCACAGCCCACCUCCUGCCCCCAUCCCCCACCGCCGUCCCGCCUGCCUCCAGCUGCGUCUGCCGCUGUCCUGUCUGCUCCGCCGCCCGCCCGGUGUCUCCCUCCCCGAACCCAAAGCCUCUGCCUCCUCGCUCACCGCCCCGGCUCCCGAACCCCUUCAUCCCGUGGAGUGCACCAUGACGGGCAUCGCGGCGGCGUCGUUCUUCUCCAAUUCAUGCAGGUUCGGGGGCUGCGGUCUCCAGUUCGAGUCCCUGGCCGAGCUCAUCGUCCACAUCGAGGACAAUCACAUCGACACAGACCCACGGGUGCUGGAGAAGCAGGAGCAACAGCAGCCCACCUACCUUGCCCUGAGCUACAUCAACAGGUUCAUGACGGAUGCGGCGCGCAGGGAGCAGGAGACCAUGAAGAAGAAGGCCACUCCCAAACUGUCCCUGUCCAUCAGCGGGAGCGUUUCCAGGAACAGCACAGCCACGCCCCCUCGACACACCAGCGGCAACCUGACCCCGCCCGUGACCCCACCCAUCACACCGUCCAGCUCCUUCCGCAGCAGCACCCCAACAGGUACGACAGGCAGUGAGUACGAUGAGGAGGAGGCGGACUUCGAAGAGUCGGACAGCGAUGAGUCAUGGACCACAGAGAGCGCCAUCAGCUCGGAGUCCAUCCUCAGCUCCAUGUGCAUGAACGGAGGAGAGGAGAAGCCCUUCGCAUGCCCCGUGCCCGGCUGCAAGAAGAGAUACAAGAAUGUAAACGGGAUCAAGUACCAUGCCAAGAACGGCCACCGCACCCAGAUCCGCGUCCGCAAGCCCUUCAAGUGUCGCUGUGGCAAGAGCUACAAGACCUCCCAAGGUCUGAGGCAUCACACCAUCAACUUCCACCCGCCUGUGUCCACUGACAUCCUGCGCAAGAUCCAGGGCUAGUCCUAGUCCCAAGUCCAGUCCCAAGUCCAGUCCCAAGUCCAGUCCCAAGUCCAGUCCCAAGUCCAGUCCCAAGUCCAGUCCCAAGUCCAGUCCCAAGUCCAGUCCCAAGUCCAGUCCCAAGUCCAGUCCCAAGUCCAGUCCCAAGUCCAGUCCCAAGUCCAGAACCCAGUUCUGAGUCCAGUCCCAUGCCCAGUGUCAAGUUCCAAACCCUGUCCCGAGUCCUGUCCCAAUUCUAGUCCCAAACCCAGUCCACACUAACCCACAAGUGCAUGCUUUAAGUUCUGUACGACCUUACUUUAUCAUGUAUUUUUUUGUAUUUGUUAUAUAUAUAUCGCCCGUAUUUUUAUUUUUGAAAAUCCUUAUUCUAGUAUUUUAUGGUUCUUGUACAUUUGCACAUCGGUAUAUAUGCUAUCACUUUUGUUUCUCUUGUUUUGACUGACAUAAGGUGCUAACUGUAAAAAACAACAGAACGAAAAAGACAAAAAACAAAUGAAAGUAAAAGGCGAGGAGAGGAGGAGGAGAAAGGGGGCCCCUUGAGAGAGUGGCCCUGGAGCUGACCUGAGAGCAGUCCCAACACUCCACACCAGAACACG